GAGGUAGUUCCCUUUUUCACAAUAUUGGCUUCCAAUCAGUUCAAUGACUCUCCAGGGUUAGGAAGGGGUUUGUUACAUUAUCUCAGUCAGAUGCUAAUAUUACAAACCCUUAUCUGAAUUUCCAACACUACUACACUGGGCUACUGUGGGCAUUCCAGAGCCUGAGCAGCAGCUUCAGUAAACUAUAGAGCUCACGGGCAAUUGGCUGGAAAAUGGACUCCUGGUGUAUCACUGACGAAGACAUGGCGGAGGUCAAGAAGGAAGCGUUGGAGCGUCUGCGUCCGUACCUCUGUGAGAAGCUAGUGGCAGACCGCCACCUGGACUACCUCCGGUCCAGGAGGGUCCUUACGCGGGACGACGCCGAGGACAUCUGCUGCAGGGUGGGGAACAGCAAGAAGACCGGUAGGAUGCUGGACUACUUAGCCGAGAACCCCAGGGGCCUCGACUACCUCGUGGAGUCCAUAUGCCGAGUGAGGACAAAGGACUUUGUCAUCGGGAAGAUCACCAGCGAAGUCGAGGUGGUGAAGAUGGAGAGGAGAGAGGCGGCCAUCUUGUCAGCAGCAGGUAGUUCUUCGCCGGUCUGUAUAUGCAAAGAGAGAACUCCCUUUGUGUUGUUGCAGAGUGGCAGUAGUGAAGCACAGUCCAUCCAAACCUCUCUGUCCAACUCCGAAGACAAGUGGGGUCAAAAUGAAGCAUCCUUUUCCUGGAGUGCCCUUCCUGAAGGAGUUAGUGUCUCUUCUCUACACAGUCUGCCAAAACCAGGAGAGCAGGGUGCCCCUUCAGUGCCCCUUGAGGACUCCGAGCCCGGGACCUUAGUCUGAGAGCAGUGACCAGUUUCACACCAUCCGUUCCUUUUCAACCCUCCCCCUCUGUGAUGGAGUAAUAGAGAAUGCCUGGAUGGUUGGAUUAUAUGGGGACAGUAAAGGGUUAGGUUUUAUUGUGUCAUAACUGUACAUGUCAUCGAAUGUUUUAUUUUCCAGAUCAUAAAAGCGUACAGUGAAGCCAAUUCUAGCAAUAAAAUGUUUUACUGAAAA